AUGUCGUUCAGACCAAACACGUCAAGGCCUCCAAACAAAAUCGAGCGUCAGGGACUCGCAGAAGAAACCAAAUCCCUGACACCCUCUAUCCUUGACAGCACCAGUGCCACAAAUGAAGCAGUCCUAUACUCUCAACUACUCCCAGCCAUCACAACAGCAAGCACCACAACCAAACCAAAGCUAUCAGUCCAAAACAUGGAUAGCUUCACAGCAGCCAAAACAAUUCUCGACGCCAAUCCAUCCGCCAAAAUCGGAGUAUUGAAUAUGGCCAGUGAAAGGAAUCCCGGCGGAGGCUGGCUUCGCGGGGCCCUAGCUCAAGAAGAGGCAUUGUGUAUGCGCAGCACGUUGGCUGCGACUCUGUACAAACGAUUCUAUCCUAUUCCCGUCCAUGGCGCUAUUUGGUCACCCAACGUGGCGGUUUUCAGGGAUGAGAUUGGGUCGUGGGGUCGGGUUUAUCAGCCUAAUGAGAUCUUUUCAGUGGGCGUUAUUAGUUUACCGGCUUUGAGACGUCCUGCUCUUACGAUGGAUAAGAAGAGAUUUGCUCGCCCGCAGGAUGUUGAGAUCGUCAAGAACAAGAUGCGACAAAUCUUCCGAAUUCUUGCGCAGAACAAGAUCACGCAUUGCGUACUCGGGGCCAUGGGCUGCGGUGCAUUCCAGAAUCCUCCGAGCGAGGUUGCCAGGAUUUACAAGGAGGUCCUCGAGGAAACCGAAUGGAAUGGGGUAUUCGAAGAGAUUAUGUUUGCCGUCCUGGAUACCAGGGGCGAGUCUAAUCAUGCCAUUUUCUCGAGAGCCCUUAUAAACACGAUAUAG